AUGAUUGAAUCUGUAGCUAGCUGGUUCACUCCCGCAGUUCUCUUCUGCUUUCUGAACCUCAUGAUUGGAACUAUUUUCAUCACUUCAAGUCGCAAAACUGAUACUAAGAAACAACACCAACAAAGUACAGAAAACUCAAUACCCCAACUCACUCGAAGUCCAUCUUUGUUACAACGAGUCAGGUCCUUUAACUUCUCUUUCCCUGACCCAUUUUCCUCCGUCACUCAUGACUUUUCCGUUAACUCACCACAACUCGACCGUAGUCCAUCUUUAUUACAACGGGUCCGCUCCAUCAACUUGUCUUUCUCCCGGUUGGAAAAGCCCGGUCCAAUUCCUUCUGUGGCCCAACACGCCGACCCAUAUGAAGAAGAAGUUCAAAAGGUUGAUAAUAUUGAACCGCAGAUUGAGAGUCACGUGACAAGGACUAAGUCUGCCACGUGCGUUGAAACGCCGGUUAAGAUUCCGACGAGGACGAUGAUGAAGUCGGCAAGUGAGAAGAUGGCGGUGGCGGAGAAGGAGGAAGAGGCGGACCAGGUGGAUUGGCGGCGACCGGCGACGACGAGGGAAACAGCGUCGUUUGGAGAAGACGAAGCAGUUGAUGAAAAAGCUGAUGAUUUUAUUAACAUGUUUAGGCAGCAGUUGAAGUUACAGAGGCUUGAUUCUAUUAUUAGGUACAAGGAAAUGUUGAACAGAGGAGUUGGGAAGUGA